GAAGUCGCCGCUCGCCGCCCUUUUGCGGGGGGGGGGGAAGGUUCGUCGCCGUUGCCGCCCUUCGCGCGCCGCGCUCGCGCCCCCUCUCCGCGGAGCGGGCUGAGGCGGCGCGCGGGGGGUCGGGAAGGGGGGCAAGGGGCAGCCGAGCGCGCGCGGCCGCCGGGGCCUCUCUGCCGCCCAACCGUCGGCUCCCCGCGGGGGAGGGGGAGGGGAGGCCGGAGGCCCCCUGCCGCCCCCCUCCGCCCUCCUCCCCGAGGCUGGGUGGGGAUGGCGGCGCCUUCUUCCGUCAUGGACUCGCAGCCGCGCCGCCGAGGCCGCUAAGCGCCCUCCCAGCGCCUGCCCGCCGGGCGGGAGAGGCCUCCCUCGGCGCUAGGCCGCGGCCGGCCUGAGGAAGGAGGAGGGGCCGGGCAAACAUGGCCACCCCCGCCAAGUGGGAGCGUCUGCGGCCCCUGCAGCCGGACACGCUGCGUCCACCAGUGAUCAACCUGAAUGUGGAAGAUGAGGUACAGUUUGUAAGAAGGACUCUGAAAGUCACAAAGCCUCGAUUUGAUGCGUCCUUGGUUUAUUUGACCCGAAAAUUCAUGGAUCUUGUCAAAACAGCUCCAGAUGGUGUCCUUGAUUUAAACGAGGUAGCAACAACUCUUGGAGUAAGAAAACGAAGAGUAUAUGACAUCACCAAUGUGUUGGAUGGAAUCCAUUUAAUUCAGAAAAGAUCUAAGAACCUUAUCCAGUGGGUAGGUUCUGAUCUUGAUCAAGUUGUUGGAAAGGCACCAGAGCAGCAAAAACUUAGAGAUGAACUUUCUGACUUGUCAGCCAUGGAAGAAGCUCUGGAUGAAUUAAUCAAAGAUUGUGCUCAUCAGUUAUUUGAACUAACAGAUGACAAAGAAAAUGCAAAACUAGCUUAUGUGACAUAUCAAGAUAUCCAUAGCAUUCAGGCAUUUCAAGAACAGAUUGUUAUUGCAAUCAAAGCCCCAGAAGAAACAAAAUUGGAAGUACCAGCUCCUAAAGAAGAUAGCAUAGAAGUACAUAUAAAGAGCACAAAAGGACCUAUUGAUGUGUAUUUAUGUGAGGUGGAACAAGAUAAGCCAGGUGCCAAAACUUUUGAAGAUAUGGAUACUGUGACUUCUGAAACUAAGCCAUCAGUACCUCCUGAUGAAGAGUGAGAUCUGCAAAAGCAAGCUGAGAUGUGAGAGAUGAAUUACAACUGAAAAUCUAAUACAGAAUGUAAAUAUCUGUGUUAUAGAGCUUUUUCAAAACUGCUUGGAACUGCAAACUUACCAACUUGAAAUGCUGCAAAAUGUUUUAAAUUUAAAACAGCAGUGGGUUGGUUGAGUGCUUUCACAGGACUGCUUAUCUUCCCAGGUUAAAAGAAGACAGUUCCUAGAGUUGCUUUUAGGAGUUUUGUUUUCAUACUUGCAUGUGAUCUACAGUGCUUUGGGAAAAUGGCCCUUUUAGCUUAUGAAAUAACUUUGAAUUGAUGGAAAACAGGCAAGGAAUAACUUCUAAAAAUGAAGAUCCUAAAACUAUUUCUGAACAAUCCACAGUCCUUAUAAGAAUGUAUAUAAUAAAGAAAUGCACUUUUCAGUUCUGAAGCUGCACUGCUGUUAAACAGAAUUGUCAAAUACAACUGUAACAAGGAACUGGUAUAUCAGAAGUCUUUAUUGUAAGGAACAAGAUGUAAAUAUCAUGAAAGUUUUGCCUUACACUGUGUAGAUGCUGUUUGCAUUGUUUGCAUCCAGCUCUGCAUGAACUACGGUAUCAACACUGAAGUUAAAUAAGUGGGCUUUUUUGUAUAUAUCUGUAUCAAGUCUAGGUAGUUGUUGAUGUAGAUUUAUGGAGAUGAUUUGCAUUUCUGCCUUUGUACAGCAAAGAAAUAAAAUAAGCUUAUAAAAAUGGUCAGUCUAACAGUACUUAAACUUAUGUUGGGGUUUGUCUUUAAAUUGUUGCAAUUCACUGGAUAACUACAAACAGUAAAACUAUUAAGAAAAUUUGUAAAUCUGAUAAACAUGGUGCUGGCAGCUAGCUUCUAGAUCUGAUUCUUGUGAUGCCACAAUACUGUAGCAAUUGUCAGAAAAAGCUUGAUUAUCAGUAAAUACUUAAAUUAGUCACUCCAUUGUCUAGAAUUUACAUAUAGCAUAGCCUGAAAUUGGUACCAUACUCUCUUUAUGGCUUCACCUUGCAAAAAUGCCAAAUACUUUAUGUUGAACUUCUGUGUUCAUCUAUCUUCAGUAUCUGUAAAAUGAAGCUUUAGAAUUUUGAGACUGGAUGUUCUUAGUGAAUUAACUGUUACUCUACAAUUGGCAUACUUAACUUCAUGUCUAGCAUUAGAAAGUAUUUCUUCAUAUUUUCCUGUGUGUGAUUAAAAAGGGGGAGAGGAGGAAAAGAAAACCCUCAGAACACCAGCUCUUGGUUUUCCAGAUCGUACAGUAUCAACACCUACUUAUCUUUUUCUAGCUAUUUAGAUAUACUCAGAUGAUCACAUUAAAGCUAAUAACCCCUCCCUCCCCCAAAUUUAACCAGCAUCUGUACAGCUAUUUUAGGCAGACACUGUGAAAUCAGGUGUUUUAUAUUCCACUAAUAAAUAAAGCGGGACAGUUGACACCAAAGAACUUAAAUAUAUGCUAAUAAAAAUUUAGAGUUAAUCCCUUUAUCUGAUAAGUUUGUUAGUUCUGUUAAGUGUUAUGGGAAAUACACCAGACUAAAACUUGUGUCAUAAAGUAAUCUUGACUUUAUGAUUUAACAACUUCCAGCUCCAGAUGAUAGGACUUCAGUGUUGGAUACUAUCCUUGUGCAUCUCUAUAAAAUACAAACUACAGGCUAAGCUACUGCAAUAAUAAAGCAAACUGAAAGCACGUCUCGUAUAUCGAGCACAGUAAAAAGGGGGAAGAUGGUCCACCAAUAAAGCUGGAGAGAUGGGUGUAAAAUUAGGAAAUCAAGGUUUUGUAUGUAAGGAUUGUCUUUUUCCUUCAAAGGCUGCUUUCUCUCCUGGUGGCAGACGUGCAGUUUAAUUUUUGCAUUGGUGUUUUGAAUGGGGGGGGGGGCGGCGGAGGGGGAAAGAGGGUUGUGUGUGAGAAAAGAAUUGAGUCCUCUAGAUUGGUUCAACAGCUUGUUUGCUGUAAAAUGUGUAGAACAAUUGCCAGAACAAAAUAAGGAAUCCUAAAUGUUAUCUUUUGGGGUGAGAUUUUGUUAUGUGACAGUUCAGCAUUUUGACCUGGGGAGUAAGUGUACUUCUACAGGAUGACUGUCUUUAUAAAUAUUAAGGAAGACUGUUUCUAAAAGCAGAACAUAAUUUAAAUUAUUUAAUUGGAGCAUUAAGAAUUGUUCAUUUUAAAUCCCUAGUGAUUUUUUUCCUUCCUCCCUCUUUUGUGCAGGUUUUCUAGCUGUAGAAAAAAAAUUAUUUUUUAGCUUCAAGCUACACAAUUGUCACAGUGAAAUGGGAGAAGCUGUAAUAUGGCAGUUAUAUUUAAGCAAUUUUUUUAAAUAUCUUAAAUUGUUUUAAUAGUGCACCUUCAGUAGAACCAAUGGACUUGUGAAGAUUUAAAUCACUUGCUUGUUAUUACGGUUACUUGAAUAUUUGUAGUAUUAUUCACCUGUGAUACUGGAAAACCUUAAAGUAUUGCAUAGGCUCCAGAAGCCAGCUAACUUGCUGAAAAGAUUAGACUUGGAUUGUCAGAAGAGUUCUUGAGUGAUGCUGAGCUUAAAUACAAGUUACAAGCUCACUUAAAAAGUAGAUGUGAUAAGACCUUACUCUAUGAAUUUGUAUAAUAAUUCUUGAUUUUUUUUUUUGAAAGGUUCUUGAGUUAAGCUAUUUUUGUUGAGCUCAUACAUGUCCAUUUCAGCAUAUUUGUAUGUGUAAGCACUUCCCUCAGGACUCUGCCUGUAAUAAAUUAAAAAGCUCUAA